GAGCGACGCUGCGUGUGUCGCCGCGGCCGGGGCUGGGACGAGGCGGUGGCGGCGGCGGCGGCGGCGGCGGCGGCGGCGGCGGCUGCGGCCGGGGUAGCAGAAGGUCGUCCUCUCGCAGUGCGGGCGCGGCGGCUGCGCCGGGGUCCCCAGGAGGCGGCACGGGGCGUGAAUUCUCUGGGGCGCAGCCAGGCCUGCGCGGGCCCGAGGCUGGAAGAACGGGGGCUCCUGCGUCGCGAUCUUGAAGGAAAGGCGCAUACCUUGAAGGCACUAACACGUCCUACCGUUGUCAACUGAUUCUUAUGGAAAUCUGUUAAUUCUACUUUUUGAGCACUUAUGAAUAACCACGUAUCUUCAAAACCAUCUACCAUGAAGCUAAAACAGACCAUCAACCCCAUUCUUUUGUAUUUCAUACAUUUUAUAAUAUCACUUUAUACUGUUAUAACAUACAUUCCAUAUUAUUUUUUGUUUGAGACAAGACAAGAAAAAUCAAACCGAAUUAAAGCAAAGCCUGUGAAUUCAAAACCUGAGUCUGCAUACAGAUCUGUUAACAGUUUGGAUGGUUUGGCCUCCGUAUUAUACCCCGGAUGUGAUACACUAGAUAAAGUCUUUAUGUAUGCAAAAAACAAAUUUAAGGACAAAAGACUCUUGGGGACACGUGAAAUUUUAAACGAGGAAGAUGAAGUACAACCAAAUGGAAAAAUUUUUAAAAAGGUUAUUCUCGGACACUAUAAUUGGCUCUCCUAUGAAGAUGUCUUCGUUAGAGCUCUUAAUUUUGGAAAUGGCUUACAGAUGUUGGGUCAGAAACCAAAGACCAACAUCGCCAUCUUCUGUGAAACCAGGGCCGAAUGGAUGAUUGCUGCACAGGCGUGCUUUAUGUAUAAUUUUCAGCUUGUUACAUUGUAUGCUACUCUAGGAGGUCCGGCUAUUGUUCAUGGAUUGAAUGAAACAGAGGUGACCAACAUCAUUACCAGUAAAGAACUCUUGCAAACAAAGUUGAAGGAUAUAGUUUCUUUAGUCCCACGCCUGCGGCACAUCAUCACUGUGGACGGGAAGCCACCGACCUGGUCCGAAUUCCCCAAGGGCGUCAUCGUGCACACCAUGGCCGCGGUGCAGGCCCUCGGAGCCAAGGCGACCGCAGAAAACAAACCUCAUAGCAAACCAGGGCCCUUAGAUAUUGCAGUAAUCAUGUAUACAAGUGGAUCCACAGGACUUCCAAAGGGAGUCAUGAUCUCCCACAGCAACAUUAUUGCUGGUAUAACUGGGAUGGCGGAAAGGAUUCCAAGGCUGGGAGAGGAAGAUGUUUACAUUGGAUAUCUGCCUCUGGCCCACGUGUUAGAAUUAAGUGCCGAGCUUGUGUGUCUUUCUCACGGAUGCCGCAUCGGCUACUCUUCACCACAGACGUUAGCAGAUCAGUCUUCAAAAAUAAAGAAAGGAAGCAAAGGGGACACAACCAUGUUGAAACCAACACUGAUGGCAGCUGUUCCGGAAAUCAUGGAUCGGAUCUACAAAAAUGUCAUGAAUAAAGUGAAUGAAAUGAGUAGUUUCCAGCGCAAUCUGUUUAUUCUGGCCUAUAAUUACAAAAUGGAGCAGAUUUCAAAAGGGCAUGGCACCCCUCUGUGUGACAGGUUUAUUUUUCGAAAAGUUCGAGGCUUGCUAGGUGGAAACAUUCGGCUUCUGUUGUGUGGAGGCGCUCCACUUUCUGCAACCACACAGCGGUUCAUGAACAUCUGUUUCUGCUGUCCCGUGGGGCAGGGGUACGGACUCACCGAAUCUUCUGGUGCAGGAACGAUUACAGAAGUAUGGGACUACAAUACUGGCCGAGUGGGAGCACCAUUAGUUUGCUGUGAAAUCAAACUGAAGAACUGGGAGGAAGGUGGAUACUUUAAUACCGAUAAACCACACCCCAGGGGUGAAAUUCUUAUUGGCGGUCAAAAUGUGACAAUGGGAUACUACAAAAAUGAAGCAAAAACAAAAGCUGAUUUCUUUGAAGAUGAAAAUGGACAGAGGUGGCUCUGUACUGGAGAUGUCGGGGAGUUUGACCCUGAUGGUUGUUUAAAGAUUAUUGAUCGUAAAAAGGACCUUGUGAAACUCCAGGCAGGAGAAUAUGUUUCUCUUGGGAAGGUAGAGGCAGCUUUGAAGAAUCUCUCACUCAUAGAUAACAUUUGUGCAUACGCAAACAGUUACCAUUCCUACGUCAUUGGAUUUGUCGUGCCAAAUCAAAAGGAACUAACGGAACUCGCCCGGAAGAAGGGACUUCAGGGGACGUGGGAGGAGCUGUGCAACAGCUGUGAAAUGGAGAACGAGGUGCUCAAAGUGCUUUCCGAAGCUGCUGUUUCAGCAAGUCUAGAAAAAUUUGAAAUUCCAGUAAAAAUUCGUUUGAGCCCUGAACCGUGGACCCCCGAAACUGGCCUGGUGACAGACGCCUUCAAGCUGAAACGCAAAGAGCUUAAAACACAUUACCAGGCGGACAUUGAGCGGAUGUACGGAAGAAAGUAGUUCUUCUCUCUCAGCACGGUUUGCUACAGGGAGCUCAGAUCAAAUAGGAAAAUACUUGAAGCGCGUGUCUCCAGCUGUGAGGCAAACCCCAUUCUUCGUAUUAAAGCCUAAACUGUUACUUCUCAUGACGUCGCCAUUUUUACUGACAGGAUUAGUAAAACAUUAAGACAGCAAACUGGUGUCUGCCUCUUCUUUCUUGCCCCUUUCCAACUUACCACCUAGGACUGCACUUGUCAGCAUGAGGACUUUCCGAAUCAUUUUGGGGAACGGUGAUUUUAAAACCUCAAGUUUUUAAACAUGAUUUAUAUGUUCUGUAUAAUGUUGAGUUUGUAACUUUUUAAAGUUUGGAUGUAUAGAGGGAUAAAUAGGAAAUAUAAGAAUUGGUUAUUUGGGGGGCUUUUUUACUUACAGUAUUUAAAAAUGCAAGGGUAUGGAUGUGAAAUUAUGUAAAUUCAGACGCUUAUGAAUCAAAUCAUUGUUGAACAAAAGAUUUGUUGCUGUGUAAUUAUUGUCUUGUAUGCAUUUGAGAGAAAUAAAUAUACCCACGCUUAUGUUUUGAGAAAUUGAGA